AUGAAGAAGGUUAUGUCGAAAGGGUGUGCCCAUCGUUACACGCUGACGUGCCUGAAACUAGACGUCGUGUCACUGGUCGAUCGCCUUUCCGAAACAGAUAAAUAUCAAUUGUUGCCGGGUGUCAUUGUUGUUAGGGACAAUUCUAGUGCUGAAAACGGAAGUGACGAUGAAGAAUCAGCAACAAGCAGGAAGUUCCCUGUGGAUCUCGUCGCGUCCCUUGCUAGGGACUAUCCUAAUGAUGUGGACUCCCGUCUGGACGCUUUCCUUAUACGAAAAGUCGGACAAUAUCUGAAUUCUCAUUCGAUUACAGUUAAAUUGUUUGAUGAAGAGAGUUUCGCAAGGGCAAGACAGCUGGAGCUAGAAGCUGCUGAACAACUGGAUCAAAAUAAUUCAGAUGACAUUCAGUCAGGUCGUGCAGGAGGCGGCGGUGGCGGCGGCGGUCUUGGAGGCGGCGGUGGGGGCGGUGGUGGAGGCAAGAGGCAAGGUAUGGGCCAGCUGUUGUUGGCAGCACUGUUGAUGAAAGGUACGUUAGUGCCAAUUGCGUUCGCAGCACUGGCAGGGCUGGCAGGCAAGGCCCUGAUGACUGGUCUACUCUCCCUGAUGCUGUCCGCCAUCAUAGGACUCAAAUCCCUCACCCAUCACGGGGGCAAGCAAGCCGUGACAUAUGAGAUCGUCCAGAAGCCUGUGUAUUCCCACUCGCACUCACACUCACACGAAUUGCACCACGAGCAUUUGGGAGGUGGGCACGGAGGCGGCGGCGGCGGCGGUGGAUAUGGCCACUCAUCGUAUGGCCGGAGCUUUAAUCUGCAGCCUGGCUUGACUUUCGGGGACGAGACCUCUGAAGGUAUUCAUCACAGAGCUAUACAGGGUGAUGCCAUUCGCCAGAAGAAGUCUGACUCCCAUGAAAUCGCUUACAGUGCUUAUGCGACGCAAGGAGGCGAUGUGGGUCACAGCUCAUUGACCCAAUCUGCUACGUUGAGACAGCAGAGCUAG